AUGAGUCUGCAAGAGGAAUUGGAGAAGGAGUACAGGGAGAUUCAGAGGGCCAUGGCCAGGAAAACACGGUCAAUGAGAAGGACGGACACCCCAAAUGAAACUGAUGAUCACCAUGAGGACCCAAUUAACCCAGCUCUGUGCGAGUCGCCCACCAGUCCUGGUCCCGGCUUGAGUAGCCCUUCAGGCUCCGUAUCAUCACGACGGACGAGAGGUUCCAGCAGUGGAAAGUCUGCUUCGUCCCCCAUGUCUUCGGCGUCAAGCUGCUUGAACGAGCAAUCCACAUCACCCGCAACAAGCACCACCAGCCUGCCGUUCUCCUCGACCUGCCCCUCUCCAUGCGUCGCCUUCGCCAGCCGGCGGUCUGUCGAGCUCAUAAGAUUCUUCUUCAACGACUAUUCACCGCGUAUCGUCUUCACUGGUUUCGCCCGCGAUAAUGACUGGAGGCAACUUCUCCUUCCUCUGUCCUUCACCAAUGAAACCUUCAGGAAUGCCAUCUGCGCCUUCGUGAGUGCUCAUUUGGAGGCCAUGGAUAUCAUCACGGGCAAAAGCUCCCUUGAUUUCCACAGAGCUACGCUCCUUGGCCUGUCAUCACAGGUCCACAGUGACUUAUCAGAUGCCAUAUGCUCCUUGGCCACUAUCCUCCUCUUAAUCAAGUAUGAAGCGCUCGUCGGGGAGGAUGUUUCCAGCAUCUUAUCGCACCUCCACGCAGCCAACAACCUCCUUGGGCUUUUCCCAGACAUAGAGGACCCAACCAUGUCAUUUCUCAGACGUGUAAGUGCCCCUCGAUCUUUGAGCCAUCUCGCAAUCAACCCUUCUUCUUUAGCUGACCCCGAAUCGAAGACCUUUCAAUCCUACGAUAUCAUGAUCGCCCUUUCGCAGGGCUGCAGCGCAGUCGCCGACUCCCGACCAAUGCCCCAAACCCCUUCCUCGCCCCUCCAGUCCCCUCACCCUCGUCCCGAAAGCACCCCCGACACCAUCGACCAAGUCUACGGCGUCUCAGCCGACCUCUGGUCCAUCCUCCACCGCCUGUGCGACCUGCGCCCCCUCCUCGAAGAACUCGCCGCGGCCUCGUCCCCGGAGAUGAUGCAGGACGGCAGCAACCACCUCAAGGCCGCCGUCCUCCGCGGCGAGCUCGAGUCGCUCUGCGCAGCCACGGAAAAGGCCCUGGCCUCGUGGCAGCCCCCCGCGCCCCUCCCCUCCAACCGCGCCGCUUUACAUCACCACGCCCUCGCCUACCGCGACAGCGCCCUCGUCCACCUCUACCGCGCCGUCUACCUCCUGCCC